AUGGGUUCCAAGAGUGUUGCCCCCGUUGCUCUUCUCCUCUCCCUCAACCUCCUUUUCUUUUCCAUGGUCAGCUGCACCACCCUUACCCCUGCCAACCACGCACCAACUAAGUGCCCGCCAUUGCAUGUCUGCGCCGGCAUCUUGCUGCCCCCUUUCAAACCUGACCGUAAAUGCUGCCCCCUCAUCGGUGGUCUUGUUGACCUUGAAGCCGCCGUGUGCCUCUGCGCCGUUCUCAAGCUCAACAUCGGUGGAAUCGUCGACGUGGAUCUAGACCUUCUCGUCAACAUUCUAUUGAACACCUGUGGACGCAAAAAGACCACCUACACUUGCAAAUAA